AUUUUUUUCACAGGAUACGACAGAUUUUCAAAAAUUCAUCGAUUUGGUCACAAAUUGUGACCACAAUCCACGUGGAUUGUGGAUUUGUUUAUGUUUUUUUAAUAAACGAAGCCGGGAAUCUAAAUUUUUUCACAAUAAUAAUGAAUCACCCGGUACAUUAUAAAUCAUAUGCUACAAUAAUAAAAGUACGGAACAGAGACAAAGAAGGUCGGAACAAACGUAUUACUCGCUGCGGCAACGCCGCCUUUUCAGGGGCAAAUCCGUGACAGUUUGAGGUUAGGUUGAAGGGUCACCUUGCCGAUGGGACGACAGUUUGUUUACUUUGCUCGGUUGGCUAAAAGAUUUUAUUCGAGCAGGAUGCCCGGCUCACAGGGAGCCAUGGAUUUGCUGAAGAGCACGAAACCGGAAUUCGAGAAGUUCCUGAAAUCCUUCGACACCGUUUUAACCGAUUGCGACGGGGUUUUGUGGAUCGAUAACCAGCCGAUCUCCGGCUCUGUGGAGGUGAUUAACUUGCUGCAAGAAAUGGGCAAAAAGGUGAUAUUUGUGACGAACAAUUCGACGAAGGUGAGAGACGACUUCGUCGCGAAAGCGCAAAGGAUGGAUUUCAAAGUCACCAAGGACCAGAUUAUUUCCACUGCUUCGCUGACUGUCAGCUACUUGAAGAGUAUUCAUUUUGACAAGAAAGUGUAUUUGAUUGGGUCGAAAGGCUUGGCACAAGAACUUGAGGACGGUGGGUUUAAAUAUACUGGAUUGGGGCCGGAUGUCAUGGGGACAUCUUUGGCAGAAUCGAUCGAAAAUUUCAAUUUGGACCGGGAAAUCGGUGCGGUGAUUGUCGGCUUCGACGAGCAUUUUUCCUACAACAAAAUGAUGAAGGCCGCAUCGUACCUGAACAACAAAAAUUGCAUUUUCAUUGCUACCAACACGGACGAAAGAUUUCCCAUGGGAGGGGAUCUAGUGGUGCCCGGUACUGGCAGCCUUGUGAAAGCUGUGGAAACUUGCGCAGAGAGGGAGCCAACGGUGCUCGGGAAACCCAACGAUUAUAUUUCCGAUUGUUUGAUUAAUGAUUUCAAUGUUGAUCCCAAAAGAACCAUCAUGAUUGGCGACAGGUGUAACACUGAUAUUUUACUUGGUACGAGGUGUGGAUUUGUAACACUGUUGGUCUUGUCUGGUGUAUCAGAUUUGGAGUAUUUGCAAAAACUGCAAAAAUUAAGUAAAAAAGAGCAAAAAGGUUACCUUCCCGAUUAUUACCUACCAAAGCUAGGUGAUAUGAUGAUGCAUUUAGUUCAAGUAUCGCCAUAGUAAAAUUUAUCAAAUCCUAAAUCAAUUUAUUUAUUUUAUAUAUAAUUAUAAAUAUUUUAUUCCUGUUUUAUUGUUUCUAAAAUAAAACUACCAA